GAUCAUAAAAAAAACAAUAACAUUUAAAUACCCCGUAUUCAUAAAAUGCAAUUAUUGCUAUUAAUGCUAUUGCCCCUUUGAUUUAGUCUCAUUAAUUUUGCAGACCUCUCCUUAUAACAUAUUUAUUAUUUUCAACAGGAUAGGUAGAAAUAAAGGAAAAUUAAAUAUUCAAAAUAACUGCAAUUCGAGAGGUUAAUUUCGAACUGGGGACUUUGAUCCCGUUCUUGAAGCAGCUUCUGUGGCAAGUGGCAGAAUAAAUUCUCCGAAAGUGUGCUUUCUACAGCAUACAGCACUGUGGUAGAUCUGUGCAAGAGAAAGUUUUUCAUCAUGUUUAUGAGGAGUAUGAUUAGGUCAGGAAACUUGAUAUCCAACUAUAACAGAGGCAAACAUUUAUCUUUAAGGACUGCAAAAAUGUUUGCAUCCACCAAUUCUUUUGAGACGUUGAAUAUCACAGUUCCAAAAGAAUUUAUAUAUCAUGUUGAGAUCAAUCGACCUGAUAAUUUGAAUGCUAUGAAUAAUACUCUAUGGAUGGAAAUCAAGAAGUGCUUUCAAACUUUGGGAUACGAUGAAAAUUGUAGGGUAAUUGUCCUAUCUGGAGCCGGCAAAAUCUUCUGUGCAGGCUUGGACUUCUUAGAAGCAACACAAAUGGGGGAAAAAUUAGCUGAUCAUGAGGAUAUUGCUAGGCGUGCUAAAAUUUUGAAGAAACAAAUUGUUCUAUAUCAGGAAUGCAUGACAUCACUGGAAUUAUGUCAGAAACCGGUAUUAGCAGCUGUACAUUCUGCUUGUGUAGGGGCUGGAGUGGAUAUGAUUACUGCUGCAGAUAUGAGGUAUUGCACACAAGAUGCCUGGUUCCAAAUUAAAGAGGUAGACAUUGGAAUGGCAGCUGAUGUUGGUACACUUCAAAGAUUACCAAAGGUGAUUGGAAGUGAUAGUUUGGUGAGAGAAUUGUGCUACACAGCUCGAAAAUUGAAAGCUGAAGAAGCAGCUUCAAUAGGAUUGGUUUCAAGAGUAUUUCCAGACAAAGAAAGUAUGAUGCAGGGUGUUUUAUCGAUAGCAGAAGUCAUAGCAAGCAAAAGUCCAGUAGCUGUUCAGCUAACUAAGGAAAAUUUGGUUUAUUCUAGAGAUCACACAGUUCAGGAAGGGUUAGAUCACAUUGCUUCUUUGAAUCAAAUGGCACUACAAAGUGAAGAUUUCAUAAAUGCUACAGUUGCAGCUGCAACCAAAGACAAAAAUGUAGUUUUUGCCAAACUUUAAAAUCAAAUGGAUUGGUCACAUUGAAAAAAGGUCGUUACUUUUAUUAUUUUCAUAUUAUAUUCUAGAUUUAUUGAUUCUGCUUUUUUAUAAGGAUUCAAAAGUCAUUCAGUAAUUUUCAUUGGUAUUUUUAAAUGAAUUUAUACAAAAUAAACAUCCUCUUAAAAUUUU